AUGUCUGGGGAAAUAACAAAUAAUAUCGAUAAAUUAUCAAUCGAUAAAAAACCUGAUUUUUUUGAUGAUGAUGGUGAUGUUGUAGAUCCAUGGACAGUAACAAGCAAGUCUGAUACUGGUGUAGACUAUGAUAAACUAAUGAAAAAGUUUGGUAGUUCAAAAAUAGAUGCGGAACUUCUCACUCGAUUUGAGAAAGUAACUGGAAAACCAGUGCACCACUUGUUGAAAAGAGGUAUAUUUUUCUCUCAUCGAGAUAUGAAUCUGAUAUUGAAUAAUUAUGAGGCUGGAAAACCAUUUUAUUUAUAUACUGGGCGAGGUCCUUCGUCUUCAUCCAUGCAUUUAGGUCAUCUUAUUCCAUUUCAACUUUGUAAGUGGCUUCAAGAGGUAUUUGAUGUUCCUCUAGUUAUACAGCUAACGGACGAUGAAAAAACAUUAUGGAAGGAUAUCACUAUUGAAGAAGCUCACAAGAUGGCUUAUGAAAACGCCAAGGAUAUAAUUGCAAUUGGAUUUGAUAUAAAGAAAACAUUCAUUUUUUCGGAUUUGGACUACAUUGGGCAGUGCCCAGAAUUUUACCGAAACAUGAUACGAAUCCAGAAGUGUGUGACAUUCAAUCAGGUGAAAGGUAUCUUCGGUUUUGAUGACAGCAGCGUUAUAGGAAAAAUAGCGUUUCCUGCUGUUCAAGCAACACCUGCCUUGUCUACAUCUUUUCCAGCAAUCUUCAAUGGUCAAAAGAUUCAGUGUCUCAUUCCAUGUGCUAUAGAUCAAGACCCCUAUUUCCGAAUGACUCGGGAUGUGUGUCCCAGAAUUGGAUUUCAGAAACCAGCUUUGCUGCAUUCCAAGUUUUUCCCCGCUCUCCAGGGGGCCCAGACAAAAAUGUCCGCCUCCGAAGCUAAUAGCACCAUUUUUUGUUGUGACACCCCGAAGCAGUUGAAGAACAAAAUCAAUAAGCACGCAUUUUCAGGGGGACAAGCAACCGUGGAAGAUCACAGAAGAAUCGGCGGGAACUGUGAUGUGGAUAUUGCCUAUCAGUAUUUGAGGUUUUUCCUAGAAGAUGACGACAAACUCGAACAGAUAAGGAAAGAUUAUUCCAGUGGGGCACUAUUGACAGGAGAACUAAAGAAAAUUCUCAUCGAUGUAUUGACACCUAUCAUUGUUCAGCAUCAAGAGAGGCGAUCUAAAGUAACAGACGAUAUUUUGAAGCAAUUCAUGACACCCAGGAAAUUAUGAACGACGUUAACGGAAUAGCUCAAUUGUAUCAUUUUAUUUAUUUUCUACCAUACCGCAACUUUUAUAUGCUUUAAGCCAAAACUGUUUUAAUGGAUCUACAAUGAAAAUCUGUGAUUAA